AUGCUGGACGUCAACGGACUCGCCCGCGCGCUCGACGGCGUGCGCCAUCUCGUGGUGCGACGCGAUGCGCGGUCUGGAGACCCGUCGUCGUCCGCGAACGAUGGGUCGAGCGACGGGGAGGAGGAUAACGUCGGACGCAUCGAAUCCGUGCUCGCUGGUAACGACCAAGGAUGGCACUUACGAGUUAAUCGCGUCGAAAGAGGGAAACUCAGGGCGUCGUACGCCGUCGCGCACGCUCGUGGUGUGCCCGUGCGUGCGCAGCCGCACAUCGACAGUGCCGUCUUGCGUUACUUUCGACGCGGGGAAGUCGUCGUCGGCGUGUCGCUGACGUCGGACGGUUGGCUCGAGCUCGCGGGAGAGGACGCGAGCGGGGCGAACGUCGAAGGAAGCGCUGGAUGGAUGCUGACAGAACACAGAGAACACGGGAUUUUGCUGAAACGCGUCGGUGGGAUCGAAUUGCCCAGAACGACGAUGCGCCUCGCGGCGGCGGAGGCGGUACUAAGCGUCGAUCAUACUCACCUACCGCUGCAACGUGGCGCGCACACGUUUCGAGUGACGCACUCUCCGUUCGUCGCGGUUCGAGCUGCACCAUCUAUGUCAUCGAGCAUAAUAGGACAUAAAACGGAGAGUCAGCUCGUCGUCGCGAACGCGCGGCGAGGAGAUUGGAUCCGGUGUGUCGAUUCAGACAACGGACCGCGAGCAAAAGAUUGUUCAACUGUUCACGAACGGUGGAUGCUCACCGUCCAUCCAGAGAUUGGUAGAUUACUCAGGCGCUGUAACGCGGACGGAAGCGAUGCGAUCGACUCAGUGGAAUGA